GCUCAUUAAAAACAAGUACAAGUAUAAAAGAAAUCGUUACAACAGUAAUAACGGAUAAAAGUCAUAGAAGCGAACUUAAAGCGUCGGGAGGUAAAAGCUCUACCAAAUCACUCGCUUGUGUCAGGCAAAUCGUUAACGAAAGAAGUGUUGCUAACCAAGAGCCGAACAGUGCUCGUUUACUGCACUCACAACUUAAUUGUUUUGCCUAUCAACGAGGAGUAGCUAAAGGACCUUCGUGCUAGGCACAACGCAGCAACGGAUUCGUGCGGUACUUUUGUGGAUUUUACACAAAACUUGCGUGUGUGGGGUGAAUGGCGCAGCAAAUAUGCAGAAAUCUUAUAAAGUGGAUUACUCGUAGCAAUCUGCUCAAAUUUCGACGCAGAAAAGUGAAAAAUUUUUGAUAAAGAAAAUUUUUGCACAAAGCAGCAGCGUAGUGGUGGAAAGCGAAAGCUGUGAUGGGUGGAACAAGUAGAAAUUGCACAAAAGUUACAGCUGAAGAAUGAGCGAAUGGUCGAUAGUGGCUCAAAUGAGAGAUGUAUGUAGAUUUUUGUAAACAAAUUGAGAACGAAUUUUACAAUUAGUGUAAAGAAAAAAUUAAUAAGAGAUAAAUUAAAAAAAAAAGUAAUUACUAUUUAAAUAAAUACUAUGAGUAAAAAAAAUAACUAAUAAGUAAAUAUAUGAUUUAAUAAACUAAUUCGGUGAUUUUUAAAGCAAAAUAUUUUUGAACAAGCGGCAAGAACAAAAAUGCAUUGAAGGAAAAGGUGGAAAAUGUGCCACUGACCGUACCACAACAAUUCGAAUUGUCCCUGCAACUGACGAGUAGUCACAAGCGCCCAUUUAAAGUGGCGAACAAACGCUCGCAGUCGCAAAAGAUUAUUACACGGGCAGCAAGCGUAUGUGAGAAAAACAUGCAAAGAUGUAAAUGAAAAGUGAAAAUCACAAAAAAUUGUUUAGCAAAAAAAAAAUAUAAAUUAUAAUAACUACGUAAUUGUUACUAACGUGCGCUUUGUGCUUGAUUUCUGAGUGCAUGAAAAGAAUUUCACUUUCGCGUUAAUCGCGUAUGUGUAGUUUAUCGAAUUAUGACAGCUGAAAAAUUUGCGUUUAACAAGUGAAAAGUGUUGGACGACCUAACAAGGAACGGCAUAGUAAUGACGUGUUUAUCACGGCUUACCAACUGCCAAUAGCUGCGCCAGCAAAUAAUUAUCAUAAACAUAUUAGAAAUUUUGUAAAUAUUAACUGCGUGCUGCGUUUGGGCGUUUAGCAUCACAUUUUUCGCCACUCAAACGCGCGAGAAUACGCCCAGUUCAGGCGAGCCGCUGGUGUUACAGCCGCCGUAGCGCGCGCUGCCGCUGCAGCAUCUCUUUAGUUGGCUGAAAGCAGGCCAAUUGCUUUGGCAAACAGCAAAAGUGUGCAAAGAAAAUGCAUUCCGUGAACGUGUAUGAAAGUGAGGAUGAGCGACGCCAUGGCCAUGAUGACACACGCGAAUUGCAGAACUUGGAUUGGCCCUUCUUGAUUAAGGGCAUUCUGGAGAGCCCAUCAUGCACAACAACAACACCAGACACUAUGGCCGCGAUGCUGUGGACAAUUACAGCGGUGUUUGGUAUUGUUUACGCGCUGCUCGGCUAUCGCUGUCUGCGCGCGGUGGGUUUCUUAAGCGGUCUGAUGGUCGGUGCAAAUGCGAUUUUCAUGUUGCAGGACUUUCAAGUAACGCUGCUCGGCAAACCAGCCGAUUCGGCAUUAGCGAUCGUGGCGGGCUUGCUGGGUGCCGUGAUUGGCUCGACAUACCCGGUAGCAUCGAUACUGAUUAGCGCAUUCGCGGGCGCGCUGGUCGCUGGCGCAGCGAUGGCUGUGUGCGUGGCCACAAUGCCAGACAAUGACUUUGGCUAUCGCGAAAUUUAUGUCGCCAUCGCGGGUGGCGCGGUCAUUUGCUCGGUGCUGACGUUUUGCUGCGCUAAAUAUGUGACCAUACUGACAUCGAGCAUCGUUGGCAGCGCGAUGAUUAUAACCGCUAUCGAUUUUUUCAUGCACAACCUAGACACGAUAAAUUGGAUUUUAAAUAUGAAACCGAAUCCGCUGCCACCGCCUUGCUACGGCGGCAUUUUGAUAUGCUCUUGGCCGGUGGCGAUCAUCAUCAGCAUAAUGGUGCAGUGCUUCAUCACGGCCUGGCGUGUCGAUCAUCGCAAGCGCGUGUACCUGCGACACCACCACCAAAUGGCACGCUGCGGCGCCGGCGGAUUGCCGACGAAUCGCAUGAGCGGACGACCGCGCGAAACGCGCGAGGAGGCCAGUCAACGCAAGUACCGUUAUCUGUAUCAGGUGCGCACGGCGCGCGGCGACAUUAUUUCGCAGAACUUUGUGUCAGCUUUGCAAAAGCGCAUACAACUGGGCGGCACCGAAACGCCCUCAGAACGCUCGAUUAAAACGAGUUCGAACGAACGCAAUACAUUUCGCAGCGAUCGCACACACUUCACUACCAUACCCGAUUCCGAAAUGUGCGACAAAAUCGAAAUUGUGCGUGAUCUAGGAUAACAAACAAGCAACAGUUACAUGUAAGCGGCGAAUAUGCGCAGAAAACGGAAACGUAAAGGUGGAAAUAAGUGAGGAAGUGUGCGCUUAUUUGCAUGCGAGUGAGUGCGUAAGAGACGCGCGUAGAGUUUGCUUGUGUUUAUCCUAAGAAUCGCGUAUGUGUGUGCGUGUGCGACGAUCGUUGUGCGUGUAUGUAUAACGGGAAAUGAAUUGCCAAUACAACAACUACAGUUAAGUGAUAAAAUGCAACGUUGCGUUUGAUGGGCGUGUAAAUAAGACUUGACAAUGCUUAAUGUAUAUGAAGUGGUGAGAGAGUGGUGAAGACGAGUCAUGCGUGUUAAUGCAUGAAAGUGAUAAGUAAGUUAAAAUUUGUUGGUUUCGCGCGCUAAAUUAAAUCAUGUAAACAGAAAAAAGGAGCGAAAAUGUCCAAAGUAAGCGAGGUGAAGUUAAAAUACUGGCGUAGAACACUAAAUUUUAUAAAUUAAUUAAUAACGUAAAAAAGUUGAAUACAUAGAAAGCAUAGGAAACUAAAGCUGUUUGGGCGUAUUUUCAAUGGAUUUUGAGUAUGAAAAUUCAGGUAUAACCAAAAAAUAACACAAAUUUUACGUUAAAAUGUUCAACAUUAUUUUCGAGUACAAGCAAAUUUACGACACUAGCUGCUAAGUUCCUCUUUAACAAGUACAGACAAGGUAAACGUUAUAUGUAUGUAUGUAUGCUCAUAGAAUAUGAUCUAAAAAAUUUUGUGUAACAUCAUUUAACAGGCUUUAACUUACAAAGUAUAUUCAUUUUAAACGUUUUGUUGAAGUUUCAAAAAGAAUAAGUUUAGGUAUUUACUAAGUUUACCAAAAAAAUGAUUUUAGAAAAAUUAAGUUUGAAAACCUAGUAAGUUUACAAAACCAAAAAAAAAACACGAAUACUACCUAACUACUUGAUUUGUGUAUGUGUGAGUGAAAAAGGUGUUUUCAUGCAUCCAAUUCGCUACUGGCAACUUUCAACGAUAAAUUGUGUAUGCAAGCGCGUUAUAAGAAUUGUGAGUUGCUUAAUAAUAAUUAAUUGCAUUUUUUAAAUAUGCCGCUGUGUUGUCAUACUAUCGAUUUUUGUGUAGAAAUUAAAACAAAUAAAAAAUUCUAAUUUUUCAAAAAUAUUUUGUAUAUAUAAACAAAAUUGCGAAAUUAAAUAUAAAAUGCUGCUGUGUUGUCUUAUUAAAGAUUUUUAUGUGAAUAUGAAAAAAAUUAUAAUUUUUCAAAAAUAGCUUGUAUACAUUAAACAGGGUUGCAAAUUAUUAAAUUUAUUUUUAUUUUUUAAUUAAAAAAUUGCGGUAACAAAUAGAAACAUUGUUUUUCAUAGCAAAAGCAGAAGUAAAAAGGAAUAAAAAAAAAAGAUUUACAUAUUUCUAACUAAAAAACUAUAACUAAUAGUAAUUAAAAAUCAGUGAGAUAAAAAGUGCUAAACUAUGUUAAUAUUUUAUUAAAAAUAAGCUUUGAUUUUCAAAAGAUAACCAAAAUGAUAGAAGACGGUAUAAACUACUGCGAAAUAAUUUAGUAUACAAAUCUCAUUCUUUUUUAUACUUUAUAGUUAGGUUGUGGCAUAAAAUUUUUUUUCCAAUACGGCAUUUGGGUUUAAAUUUUUUUUACGUUUCAAUCCGGUAUCUAGGAUUUCAAAAUUAUUUUUAAUUAAGAUUUUCGGAAUCACAAAAAAAAAAUUAUUUUAAAUGUUAAUUCAUUUGCCUUUUAUUGCAUUAUUGCAACCCUGGUUGUCAUAUUAUCGAUUUUUGUGUGCAAAUUAAAAAAAUUAUUAUUUUUCAAAAAAAACUUUGUGUGUAUAAGCAGUUAUCAGAAACUGUGUGAAAUUUAUUAAAUGCUAUUAUUUGUAAAACUUAUAUUUGUAAUUUAAAUAAAAACAUGCACGAAAAAUCGUUGCUUGAAAAUUCGUA